AUGUAUUACUCUUCAAGGUUCGGCCGGCAUGGGUUCGACAAUAUCUCGAGUAUGCUGCAAAUGAACAAGCAAGAACAUGUUGAAUAUCUUGCUAGAACUCUGGGAGACAUCAAAAAAUUUCUGAUGAAGAAACAUAAUACCAGAGAAUAUCUCGAAACUUGGGAAUUUCAAAUUGUUUAUGAAGAUAAAAAGUUUGAUAACUCGCAAAAAAAACCAAUUUCUGGUAACAAAAAUCCUCAAGACAUUAGUGACGAAAUAAGUGCUGUUCUACGACAGAUCUUAGGUGUUACAACGGUAUUACCUCUACUGGAGAAAAAUAAGGUAACUGACGCGAUCCGUGCAAAACCAAAACGUGGAGCUCCCGCAUGGAAUGGGUGGCAUACAGUAACAGAGAAUACUACAAUUGCGAAUCAACAACAAAUGGAGUUCAGAUCCUUUUUAACAUCUAUUCAUUGUAUUAAAAGUAAAGUGCAGUACAAAGGAGUUUAA